AUGGGUGUGUGUGUCGUCCUGGGCUGGUUGGUACUGGUCCUGACUGGCCACCAGCUGACUGAGGGAACCAGUCUGCAGCUUUCAGGGGACUACUCCAUCUCGUGUCUCUUUCCGCUCCACAAUUUAGCCACCUCCGGUUCCAACCUACCAGACAUGGAAGCCUGCAAAAAAGGCAAAUCUAAUAAACAUGGCUAUCAUUUGAUACAAGCCAUGAGAUUCGCUGUGGAGGAGAUCAACAACGGCACCAAAAACCAACAUCUUCUCCCAGGGGUGACGCUGGGUUACCAGGCGUAUGACAUCUGCAAUACACCAGCCAGUGUCCUGGCCACUCUGGACCUCCUGGCCCAACAGUUACAGAGAACUUCAGGGAACAAGACGGGUGGUGACCAGAGAGCAGUGGCAGUGAUUGGGCCUGAUAGUAGCAGUUAUACCUUUCCCCCAGCUGCAAUGCUGGGCUCCUAUCUGGUGCCACAGAUAUCCUAUGAAGCCACAAACGAAUUGCUGAGCAACAAGCACCUCUACCCAUCCUUCUUCCGCACCAUCCCCAGUGACAGGAACCAGGUGGACGCCAUGAUCCAGCUGCUGGUCCGUUUUAACUGGACCUGGAUCGUGCUACUGGGCAGUGAUAACUCCUACGGCCUCCAGGGCAUGCAGAGGCUCUCCCAACAGGCGGCCUACUACGACAUCUGCAUCGCCUACCAAGGAGUCAUCCCCGACCUCACCUCGGCCACCAAUCAGACCAUGAGGAGCAUUGUCAAGGGCAUUUUGAAGACCAAGGUCAACACUAUUGUUGUCUUCUCCAGCAAAAGCAAAGUUAGUGGGUUCUUCCCAUUUGUCAUAGAGCAGGGUGUAACUGGCAAGGUGUGGAUAGGGACAGAGGACUGGUCAGUGGCCACUCUAGUGUCGGGGAUACCAGGGAUUCACACCAUCGGAACUGUUCUAGGCAUCUCCAUCAAAUACGCAGCCAUAGCUGGGUUUGAGACGUUCGAAAGCCAUGUUAUUUCAAAGUUACUUAGGGACACCUCCAAUGGCAUGAUGGACCUGAGGGUUGACUGUUUGCAAAAUACGGAUCUCUAUAGCAUGGCAGUAAAAAACUUCUCUUUGGAUGGCUAUGACAUGACAUCCUCUUAUAAUGUUUACAAGGCUGUAUAUGCUGUGGCCCAUGCCCUGCACCAAGCACUUGGUUGUGACUCAGGUGAAUGCCAAAAGAUUGAAGUACAACCUUGGCAGCUUCUCCCACUGUUAAAGCAGGUGAGAUUCUCUGUUGGGAACUCCUCUGUGUACUUUGAUGAGAACGGAGACCCGCCCACAGGAUAUGACAUCGUGACCUGGGUUUGGAGGGGAACAGAGUGGUCUCUCCGAGUGGUGGGCUCUUACACUCCAGACCCCACUGACCUCACAGUGGACCCUGCUCAAAUUGAAUGGGCUAGUGACAUUGACAACCUGGGAAAAGUGCCUCCGUCAAUAUGCUCUCCAGAAUGCCCUACAGGUCACAGGAAGCUGCAGACAGGACAACACAAGUGCUGCUUCGACUGCCUGGCCUGUCCUGCUCACACCUUCCUCAACAGUACUGGAUCUACCUGGUGUCAGGCGUGUGAGCUCCACCAGUGGUCCACAGAGGCGAGCAAGGUGUGUCUGGAUCGGACGGUCCUGCUGCUGGCUUGGGACGCCCCCCUGUCUCUUGCUCUGCUGGUCCUCCUGGCUCUGACCCUGUUCAUGACCCUUGGGUCAGGGGUCGUCUUCCUCCUCAACCUGGGCACCCCUGUGGCCAAGUCGGCUGGCGGGCGCACCUGCCUGGUGAUGCUUCUGGCCCUAACCGCGGCGGCCGCCAGCGCCCUCUGCCACUUUGGCCUCCCGUCUCGGCCCGCCUGCCUCCUCAAGCAGCCCCUCUUCGUCUUCAGCUUCACCGUGUGUCUGGCGUGCGUCACCGUGCGCUCCUUCCAAGUGGUCUGCAUCUUUAAGCUGUCUUCCAAGCUGCCCCGUGCCUAUGAUACCUGGGCUAAGAACCACGGGCCUGAAGUCACCGUCCUUGUCGUGUCCAUGACAGUGUUGUCGAUCUCUGCGCUCCGGGUUGCUCUAAACCCCCCGUACCCCUCCCAGGACGUGGACUUCUACUCCAACUGCAUUGUCACAGAGUGUAGUAACACCCUCUCUUUCGGUGCCAUGAUAGAACUCGCCUACGUCUCUGUGCUCAGCAUGCUCUGUUUCUCCUUCAGUUACAUGGGCAAAGACCUGCCAGCCAACUAUAAUGAGGCCAAAUGUAUCACCUUUAGUCUCAUGGUCUACAUGAUCUCCUGGAUCAGCUUCUUCACCAUCUACUUUGUCACAAGGGCGGAGUUUGCCAUGGCCAUGCAUGUGCUGGCCAUAGUGUCCAGUGUGCUCGGUAUUCUCGGUGGUUAUUUCAUGCCCAAGGUCUACAUCAUGGUGCUGAGGCCCCAAAUGAACACAACGGCCCAUUUCCAAAACUGUAUUCAGAUGUAUACCAUGAACAAACAGUGAGAGAUAUGUGUUUAUCAUAGAUUGCCUUUUUGUAUUUCCGAAUACUUAUUCCCAAUCCAUUGCAUGGGUAGAUGGCUUUAAAAAAUGCCUUAGUACAUGUUGCUCUGCUCUUAGCUAAGGAGAAAGUAAAUGUUGACCGUGCACAUUUAAAUGUAUGUAUAAUGUUCUCUAACAUGGUUGUAAUGUAGUUAUGAGGUUAGCUUUCUAAUGCACUCCUUUUCGACUUAGCUAAGUGUGUGUUUUUACUGGGGAGA